CAUCCAUCUAUAUAUACACACACAAUCGGUAAACGCUGGACCUCCUUCUCUCUCUAACCCCAAACUCCCAAAAGGCACAGAGAUCUAUCAAACCCUCGCUGACCAUUUUGUAUCUCGAUCAGGGAUGCUUUUUACCCAAAUCAGGCUUCACUUGUAAUACAUCUGUUCUUUCGAUUUCUGGGUUUUCAAGUUUCAAGGGUUAUUCAAGUUAUCAUAUCUUGAAGAAAUCAUGGGUAUCGAUGGUGAGUCUGAUUUGGUCCAUGUGUCUGUUGAGAAUGGGAAGAAAGAGAGCAGUAUCAAUGGAAAUGUUGCUGAAAAUGAAUCUGAUUCUGUUCGAGUAGAAAAAACACCCGAAAUCAGCUUUCCAAACAAUGCAGUUGAUGAAUGGCCUGAAGCAAAAAAGUUUCAUUCAGUUUAUUUUGUUAAAUUCCGAACAGUUGAAGACCAAAACCUGAAAGCAAAACUCGAUCAGGCUGAUAAGGAGCUUAGAAAGCUUAAUCAGGCCCGUGAUCCCAUCACUGAAAAGCUAAGGGCAAAAAGGACUGAAAGAGCACAAGUGAUAGGCCAAUUGAAGGCAUUAGUUGAAGAGAAAAACCAAUUUAGGUCAAUCAUGGAUGAGAAAAGGAAAGAAAUUGAACCUCUACAACAAGCAUUGGGUAAGUUAAGGGGUCCAAGAGAUGCCAAUAGAGACAAUAGAAGUUUCAUUUGCUCAUCUGAAGCCGAGCUUAAUGAAGUUAUUAAGAGUAUGCAAUAUCGCAUUCAACAUGAAAGUAUUACUCUAACUGAAGAAAAACAAAUCAUUAGAGAAAUCAAACAACUUGAAGGGACAAGAGAUAAAGUUAUUGCCAAUGCUGCUAUGAGGGCUGAAGUUCAGAAAUCUGUUGGUGAAAAAGAUGCCAUUCAAGACCAGGUCAAACUUAUUGGUGUUGAUCUUGAUGGGGUCCGCAAAGAUCAACAAGCUAUAAAGGCAAAAGUGAAGACACUUGAGGCUGAAAAAGAAGCCAUAAAUGGUGUGAUUGCAUCUCUAGAGGAGGAGUUGCAUGCGGUUGUUGAGAAAAGGGACAAAGUCUAUGACAAGAUUCGUGAGUUGAGGAAUAAACGUGAAGAAGGGAAUACUUGUUUUUACCAGAACCGAACUCUCUUGAAUGAUGCGAGAAGGCUGGCGGCGGAAAAAGACGUCAACGCCCUUAAAGAGCUUUCCACCUCGGAGGUGGACAAGUUUAUGUUACAAUGGAAUGGGAGUAAAGCGUUUAGAGAAGAUUAUGAGAAAAGAAUAUUACAAUCGCUUGAUAUUCGACAACUAAGCAAAGAUGGGCGUAUGAGGAAUCCCGGAGAGAAGCCGUUGAUUGCACCGGAAUCACCGAUUCCGGUUCCGGAGGCGGAGAUUGUAGCAAAGCCGAAGGCGAAGCAACCGAAGGAAGAUCCUGUUCCUCUGCCAACUCCGACGCCAGUUGAGAAAGAAAAAGAUGAUAAAGCCCAGAAAGAGGGGAAUGCGAAUGGUGUUGUGAAGGGUAAAAAGGGAAAAGUGGAAGAAAAAGAAGAGGAGGAGGAGGAGGAAGUUUUUAGGGUGGAGAAGAAACCGGAAGUGAAAGAAGUUGAUGAGUCGAAAUUGAAGGAAUUGAAGAGAGAGGAGGAGAUUGCAAAAGCAAAACAAGCUUUGGAAAGAAAGAAGAAGCUUGCGGAAAAAGCGGCGUUCAAAGCCAAAAAGAAAGCUGAGAAGGAAGCCGAGAAGAAGCUCAAGGAUAAGGAGAAGAAGGAGAAGAAGAAGAUGCAGGCGUCUACACCAGCUGCAGAGGCGGAGGAAGCGGUGGCGGAAGAGGCGGCAGAGGCACCAGAGGAAGAAAAGGCGACUGAAACGGUCAAGAUUCCAGUGAAGUCCAAAGAGCGGAAAGAGAAUAAUACAAAAAUAAGAAGCAGAAGCAUGAGGGGAAAAGGGCCGGAAUCGAUCUCAAAAGUGAUACUUAAACCAGUUGGGUAUAAGUUUUAUGCGUAG